ACCUUUUUCGUUCAGUGUAACUGAAAACGAGGCUACAUUGACCUAGUUUCAAUUUUCACUUUGGAUAAUUUCAGGUCUUAUUUUCUUUACAUGGAGUCAUAUACAGUUGAUUGUAAGAAUACUACAAAUAGAGAAUAAGAACGCAUUACACUUCUUACUCUCCCAAUAUGUCUGAAGAUAAAGGGGGAAUCCCAGAUGUGCCAGUCUCUGAAGGAAAUGAAAUCGAACAUGGUGAAAGAGACACGCUUCUCCCUAUAGGGCCUAAAGAACCUCAACAUGACAUCAAUGUAGAUAGGAUACCACCGCCUAUUAAUGUCCUUGAUAUACCAGAAGACUCUGAUAGGGAUCACCUAUUAGGUGAUGAUGACACUGAUGUGCCUGAUAAGAAGGCAAUAUGUAACGGACAGAUCACCUCACACAGUUCUCCAACACUCUAUAAUAUGCACAAAACUAAAAGUUUAUCUCAUCCACAUUUACAAGAUUUUGACUCAAGCGAAGCUGUGUAUACGAAUAAUCAAACUAAGACAAAAAGUAUGGACCAUCUCAACAAAAAGCCCAAGAUAACUGUGACCAAUGAAGAUGGUAAACCCAAUGGGCACACAAUCUCCCAGUUGACCCUGGACAGUCAUGUUAAGAGGCACAUUCAUUUACAGGAGGUGGCACCUUCUAGUACUAGUUUCAUAGAUGAUCACAGUUGGAAGCUGUCAUUAAGUCUGUUUACUUCAAAGAAAAGAGGCAAGCAAAAGGAUGACAGAAAGCUGCCCAAGAGUGUCAAGGACUAUUACAAGGCUCAAGAUGAACUGAUUGAGGCAUUUGAAGAGACUCAGCUGGAGAUAGAUGAUGCAAUGGAGAACACAGAUGAACAACAGAGGUUGAGGUCAAAGGCAGCACUAUUAGCAAAAAUAACAUUUUUUGCCAAUCUAACAUUGUUUAUUGGAAAAGCAAUUGCUGCUGGUUUGUCGGGUUCUCUUGCUAUCAUAUCUAGUGUCAUUGACAGUGGGGUAGACCUUGUCUCAGGAAUAAUUAUUUGGUGGACAAGUCGAGCCAUGAAGAAGAGAGACCCUUUCCUAUAUCCACAAGGUCGUACAAAACUAGAACCUAUAGCUAUAGUGGUGCUGUCAGUUAUCAUGGCGCUGGCGUCAGUACAGCUUGUAAAGGAGUCCAUAGAGCAUAUAAUCACUUAUGCUACAACAAAUUCUGCAGGUCCAGUUGUAGAAAUCCCAACUAUUGUCAUACUUGUCAGUACUAUAGUCAUCAAAUUUGUGCUGUUUAUGAUGUGUAGGAGAUUGGCUAAUCCAAGUAUACAAGCACUUGCUCAGGACCAUAGGAAUGAUGUCUUAUCAAACAUUAUAGCCUUGGCAGCAGGUUUUGUAGGGUAUAAAUGGUGGCCAUUUGCCGACCCCAUUGGAGCUAUACUCAUUAGUAUUUACAUCAUUGGCAGCUGGAUUGUCACUGGUUGGGAACAAAUCAAGCUGCUGACUGGGCACACUGCAAGGCCAGACCUACUGAAGAAAAUCACAUGGAUCUGUCUCAAUCAUCAUCAAAAGGUUGUGGAGGUAGACACAGUCAGGGCAUAUCAUUUUGGCAAUAAUUUCUUAGCAGAAGUGGACAUUGUGUUAUCAGAGUUUAUGGGACUUAGAAUGGCACAUGACAUUGGCGAAGCUUUACAACACAAGAUAGAACGUCUUCCAGAAGUAGAACGUGCCUUUGUACAUUUAGACUAUGAAUCUACACACAGUCCUUUCAGUGAGCACAAGAUAGUCUGAGCUCCAAGUCAACUCGAUUGAAGGUCCAGCACUUAUUUAAGGUAGCCCCUUAGUUGUACAGGAUGGCCAGUCUGUUCCAUUAUGGACCAAUAAUGGAAUAUGGAUGCAUAGAUUACAGGUGUCUAUGUAAAUGUAUUGUGUUACAUGUUAAUACAUGGAGUCACAUGUCAAUACAUGAUCACAUGACACAAUGUUAAUAAUAAAUACAUGGAGUCAUAAUUUUGAUAUUUUGAGCUACAUGUUAAUUCAUGGAGCUUCAUGACAAUAGAUGGAGUUACACAAUAACAUAUACAAUUUCAUGCUCAUACAUGCAGCUACAUGUGUAUACAUGGAAUCACAUGUUAAUUCAGAGCAAAUUAUGUUAUUGCAUGGAGAUCCAGGUUGCUAUAGAAACAGAGACACAUAGAUAUGUACAUUAUGUUUUAUAAUAGGAUUUAUUUGUACUGGAGCCCUACUAGGGCCAAACGUA